GGGUUGUUUUUAACCCAUCAACAUAUGAAAUUUAGAGAACAUCACCAUGAAAGGCGCCUGUUGUAUAUUUUGUUAUUCAGGGCUCGGCCACAUGGGCAGAUCAUGUUAACAACUGCUUGCUUAUUCUGGAAGUGUGUGUGUUAUAGUAAACGGCGCUCUGGAUAAUAGGCUGUAUCUGUAUGGCCAGCGGAGAGGGGGCUGGAGCUCACUUGGACAGCCCGUUAUGGAAGGCGAGCAGCGGGAUGAUGAGGGGAGACGGUGGACAUGAGGGGGUUCGGCUCGGGAUGCGCAGUGAGGAGGAAAGACUCCAGACUUUCACCAACUGGCCCAGAGAUGCGCCCGUGAGCCCCGCUGAGCUGGCAAGGGCUGGCUUUCACUAUCUGGGAUACGGGGACACGGUACAGUGCUUCUGCUGUGAUGGGGUCCUGAGGCACUGGGUUCAUGGAGACACCCCGUGGGGGGAGCACGAGAGGCACUACCCCACAUGCGGCUUGAUGGUGGGCAGGGACGUGGGCAAUGUUCCGCUGGGCUCGUCCGACUCUGUGGAUGGGCAGCUGUUGAGUCAACUUCAGCGGCUGACCAUGGACGAGCAGGUGCAGUCCGGCCAGGCGGUCUACCCGGAGAUGGAGUCCGAGGACACCAGGUUGUCCAGUUACCACAACUGGCCCACGGGAGCAUCUGUGCAGCCCGACGCGCUGGCGCGAGCUGGCUUCUACUUUACGGGUCAUGGUGACAAUGUGAAGUGUUUCUUCUGUGAUGGUGGUCUGAGGAACUGGGAACCAGGUGAUGACCCAUGGGAGGAACACGCCAAAUGGUUUCCACGAUGUGAAUAUUUGCUUCAAUCCAGAGGAUGGGAAUAUGUGAGCAAUAUCCAGCAGUCUUACUUCAGCAUGAAUGAGAGAAUGGGUGGAUCUCUGUCAUCAACUGCAGGAAACAUUACAUCAGAGGUGUUGGGUGGGCAGAGCUCAGUGGCGGCAGCCAUGUUGUCUCCGGUGGUGCAGCCGGUGCUGCAGAUGGGCUUCCAGUGCUCCCUAGUGGAGAGUCUGGUACAGUCACGCUUCUUACUGACCGGCUCACACUACAUCUCAGUGUCUGACCUGGUGACCGACGUCCUGCAGGCCGAGGAGGAGGAGGAGAGGCAGACCGGGGAGCCCAGACCAGAGACUGUGGAGAGUCCGAGAACGUCAAGAACGCCGGUCUCAGUCAGGGAGAAAGUGCGAUCCGAUCUGAGUCCAGAGGAACAGCUGAGACAGCUUCAGGAAGAGAGGACCUGUAAGGUGUGCAUGGACAAACUCGUCUCCAUGGUCUUCAUCCCCUGCGGUCAUCUGGUCGUCUGCACCGACUGCGCAGCCAGUCUGCGCCACUGCCCCAUAUGCAGGGCGGUCAUUCGGGGAAGUGUGCGUGCAUUCAUGUCCUGAAGCGCAAACACAGCAACACACUGU